AUGAAUGCUGCUGGCGCUGUUGUUCCAUGCACUGCAGAUGGGGCACCUUCAGCUGCUGCCGCAUCUUCAGCAGCUCGUCCAGAGGAAAACAAGAGCUCUGCAGUGGUGAGCAUUGAAGGGAGCGUCUGGAGGCUUAAGAAAAGCGGCGCAACACAAUUCCAGCAGCAGCUUUUGGGUUUCCAGACCCAGGAGGAGCAACUGCAGCAGCAGUCACGGCAGUCAAGGCAACCAGUCGCCCGACAGCUGCAGCAGCUGCCACUUCCUUCAUCUCUUCCCGGGAAGCACCAGGCACAGGGGUCAACGCAGCAAGCACCACUCCACUGCUUGCUACUGAAGCGGGGAAACCAGCAGAAGGAGGAGUGGCAGCAGGAUGUGGUUCGCGGGGCAGCAGGUGCUGCCAUUAUUGGCGGUGAACCCUAUCCUGCCGCUAUUCCUCCUCUGCUUCCAUGUCCCACGCUUCCAGAAGGGCAUAAUCCCUCUGUGCCCCCUGCAUUCCUUGGGAAAUCCAAUUCCAAUUAUAGUAGAACAGGGCCACUACCAAAGCUCGUGCCUUUUAUACUUCCAGCCAUUGCCAAUGGCGACUCCCCCGGUUCAGGGCCCACCACGCCUGGCAACAGUACCUCCAAAAUUCACGCGCUUCUAUCGACCAAUCGAUCAGGCUCGGGAUCCAGCCGAACCUCAGGCUCGUUCCCGAAGCGCCACGUCAGCACGGGGGCUGCGGGUAACCGGAACAGCGCGCCGCUCCAAGCCGCGGAUGCCGGCGUCAACGCGGACGGCGUGCGCGUUCAGCUGUUCCCCGAUGGAGGCUGCGCGGGUGGGCGCGCAGAAGGUUGCGCGGAUGGGGGAGCGGAAGGUUGGGCGGACUUUUCUGCGUGGGAGAGUGGAAACGGGAGAGGGGUCAGUGGAGAGGGGGCUAAGGAGAAUGGAAGGGGCGUAAGCGCGGAACUGAAGCCGCCCUCCCCGCGCCUUCACGCGCAGCAUUCUCCGCGCCCCCGGCCGCCUUCCCCCCGCUCCGCGUCUCCCCGCUCUGCGCAGCAAAACUCCCUGCAGAUCGGCGUGCGCCGUCUCCCCUCCCCUGCCGUCGGUCCCCCCGCGCUCCGCGAGGAUCCCCGCGGGCGCGCGCGGAGCCUCGGCGUGGUUGCGGGUGGCGGCGGGGUUGGCGGAAACGGGGUGACCACCCUCUCGCCGCGUCCACGUGGCAGCAGCUUAUUGGUUACGCCGCUUGACGUCAGCACGAUCAAGCCCGGUGGGGUUCAAACGAAUGGAUUGUCGUCGCCACGUCAGCUUGACGGCAGCGGGUAUGUAACGCCACCUCAGCAGGACGUCAUCGACUGGGACAGCGCGAGCGGCGGAAGCGGCGGGAUUCCCUUCGGCGAGGAGAACCUGGUUGCAGCGGCGGCGGCGGCGGCGGCGACGGUUGCGGCGGCCAAUGCUGGUGACGAAAUUCCUUACAGCGCGUAUUACGGUACUAAUGGCGCCGCUUCUGCUUCUGCGGCUGCGCCCAACGGAUACGUACCCGCUCCCACGACACUGCCGGCGCGUAGGCCUAGUAUCGGGUCGCGCCAUACCGGAUCAUUAAACGCGCUGAAACACGUCCCGCAACUGCAGCAACUGCAAAAGCAGCAGCAACAGCCUCACGACUCGCACGAGCAGCAGCACCGUAUUCAUCGCUCCGUUUCGCUCGGCGCUGCUGCGUUGGCAGCCGCUGAUUGGCUGCGCUCCCCCGCGGGGGCAGCUCGGCGCGGAAGCGGCUCCCCUUCCGCCGUGCAUCCGCUCCCGCCGCCCCGCACCACAACCAUCGGCGUCACUGGCGCAGGCGCGGCAAUAGGAGACCAGCGCGCGGAAGCUCUGGGCGGAGGGGCGCGCGGAACUGCGGCGGAGGAGGGGUAUGACGAGGCGUUGGCGGAAGGGACGGGGGAUGUUCUGCGGAGCCGCGUCCGCCGGGCUAAUAACGCGGACGACAACAAUGAUAACGACGAUGGCCCCGUUAUAAUGACGUGCAGGUUGUUUCCGAGGAGGAGCACGUCGCGUACGUCUCUUAACGGAGGUGGCAGUAGCGCGGACAGCGUGAGCGGAGGGAGCGUGCGUGAAGGGAAAGACGACAAGUACAGCAGGAAACCGAAACGAAGCAUCUCUUGGGGAGGAUGGAUGAAGGCAGGGGGAAGCGGAGGGGGAAAGGAAGCAGAGAAAGGGGGAGGAGGAGUAGCGAAGGCUGGUGUGGAAGGAGCUCAAGGCAAGCAAGAGAAGCGGCCUCAACAAGAGGAGGAGGAGGAGAAGAAAGGAGGUACCGAGGUGCUGGGGGAGGUGCAGUGGCAGCAGGAGCAACGGGAGCGAGUGCCCGGGGAAAACCAGCAGGGAGACGGACAGAGAGCAGCAGAGGCAGCAAAGCGAGCAGCAACACGUUUUUCAGCAGCAGAAGCGGUGGCAGCAGCAAGGGGGGCGCGAUUGGAAGCGGUGGGGAGCGCUGUGAGGGCAGCGAGAGCGGCAGUGGAGCAGGGGGCGCUUGAAGGUGCGAAUGUGGCAACUCUGGUGGGGCACUACAAUUCACUGCUGCACCUGCAGGAGCAGAUGGAACGACAGGAGAAGGCAGAGAUGAAGGAGAGGGAAGAAGAGGAGAGGGAAGAAGAGGAGAGGGAAGAGGAGGAGGAGGGAGCUGCAGCCUCAUCGCUGCCAGGGCUGCAACAACAGAUGGCAGUGUCGCAUGCCAGGGCUGCUCUAGUGGCAUCACAGCAGUCGCCACUAGAGCAGCCGCAACCUCACGAGAAGAGUGGCAGUAGGGCGAGAACCCAGCAGCAGCAACCGCACCAGAUGCAACAGCGAGAGAGGCAGGGACAGCAGCAGCAGCAGCAGCAGCAGCAGGAUCAGCUGAGUCUGGGGCCCCUUAGGCAGGGGCGGGUGCGGAGUGGUGAAGAGAGAGGGCGCAGUGGCGACGAGAGAGGGCGCAAUGAGGAAGGGAGAGGGCACAGUCAGGCCCUUCCUCGACGAUCCCGUUCUCUCACUGUCGCCAACUCAGCAUCUGCAUCGUUCAAGGGACGGCCAGGAUCGUCCGCACACGCAACAGAGCAGAACCCGCUUCGCUCUCUCCUCCACGCGAAGCCACCGUCGCCAACAGCAGCCGCACCGGGCCGCACCAUCCAGCACCGCAUUCAACCAUGUUCAACCACCGCACGGUCAGUGACAGCAGGCGCGGCAGCAGCAGCAGUGCAGCCGGCAGUGUUGGUGUCAGAGUUAUCAGCAUCAGCGUCUGCAGUGUCUGCCUCUCUGGGUUCCCUUGCGUCCCUCGCUCCCCCCUCGCCCCGCUCUCGACACUCCACAUGCAAAGGAGGCAGCAGUAGUCUGUACCACCACCUGCAUCGCCAGCAGCAGCAGCAGCAGAAGGAAGGUCACCACACACGCAGUGUGCUGGCCCGAGUUUCUCCCAUUGGUUCCUCCUCCUCCUCUUUCUCCGCACCAGGACGCGCUGGUCUCACUGCUGCUCACGCUGCUCCUGCUGGAGCGAGAGGCCUCACCCCUACACACUCUUCUUCCGCUUCUGCUGCUAGUGCCACUGCUGCUGGUGCUGCUGCUGGUGCGGGGGUGCCUGCAUGGAAGAGAGCAGUAGCAAGGGAAGACACUAUAAGCCACACUCUGGGCAGCAGCACAGCAGCACUCACAGCGCCAUCGGCUGCAGCAGCAGAAGCGGCGGCAGCAGCAGAAGCAGCAGCAGCAGCAGCGGCGGCGGCGGCGGCAGCAGGUGGAGGUGAGUAUGGGGCGGUGAGGGACGGCGUGACAGACGGUGAGUGGUGCAUGAGUGAGUCGUCUCUCAACGCCAGUGCCACUGUCAGUGCCAGCCUGGCUUCCAGCUUGGACUCAAAACCAGGGGAGGAGGGGGGGAGUGAUUGCGCCUCUCACAGCUGCUCUGUGGGCUGCGGUGGUGAGGCACAGGGGCGUGAGGAGAGUGGGUGUGACUACGUGAGUUAUGGUGGGGAGGGCAGGGGGAGUGAGGGGUGUGGAGAGGAGGUUUUGGAGGGGAGCUGGGCGGAGUCUAGAGUGAGAGGUUUCGGAGAGGGCGAGAGAGAGAGGGAGGAGAGAGAGAGGGAGGAGGAGGAGGAGGAGGAGGAGGAGGAGGAGGAGGAGGAGGAGGAGGAGGAGGAGGAGGAGGAGGGAGAGAGGAGGGGAGAGGAGCAAGGAGGGAUAGAAGAGGAAGAUGAGGAGAGGGAAGGUGAGGAGGAGCAGCAUGACUACAUUAUGACGCUGGACCAACACCACACAGAAGCCAUUUCUCAUACCGAUGCUGAAGGCUUGUUUGGAGCAGCCCUGAGCCCUCUCACGUAUGCCAUGUCAAAUUUGCCCAUUCAGCAGCAGCAGCUGCUGUGGCUGGAUCAGUUGCAGCAGCAGCAGCAGCAGCAGCAGCAGCAGCAGCAGCAGCAGCAGCAGCAGCAGCAGCUGCAAGAGCAGGGAAUGCUGCCUUUACCACCAGGUACACUGGACUACCCUACUCAUUCUACCAACCCGUUUCUUGAGGUGAUUAGAAAGGAGGUGGUUAAAGAGGAGGAGGUGGAGAAAUUAGAUGGGUACGAAGGGGUUCAGGCGAGAAAUGGUCGAAGCCCGUAUUCCAGUGAUGGCACGACGAGCAGGAGCAGCAAUAUCAACAACAGCAGCAGCAGCAGCAGCAGCAGCAGUAGCAGCGUCAGCAGUGGUGGGAGUAUAAUUGGCAGCAGUGGGAACCACGAGGAGUAUGGGAGGAAUAACAGCAAUGGCCACUUGGAGGAGGGUGUUCCUGUUUUCCAUACAAAGGGCUUUGAUUCACCAAGGGGCAACACUGCAGAUGGGUUCAGUGAUAUAGGGGCUGCUAACAGAGGAGACACACGAGCACUUCAGUCACAGGUUGAGAAGAAUGCAGUUGGCUCGACGAGACCUCGACGGGUUUCUUUUAACCGUGUGGUGCGUGUACGAACGUUCACUCGUGUUGCUGCCACGUCCGACACAUGUGACCAUUCAUAA